CAAUCUUUGCUGGUCUGGAGGAAUACCUUCUUUGUCCUGAAUCUUAGCCUUUACGUUGUCAAUGGUAUCGGAGCUCUCAACCUCCAAGGUGAUGGUUUUCCCAGUCAGGGUCUUAACAAAUGUCUACAUGCGUCCUCUCAGACGCAGAACCAAGUGCAAGGUUGUCUCCUUUGACCAUUUGUUUAUUUCCCCAUUGAAACAAAUGAAAAUGGUAAUGUCCUAUGCAUUAAUAAUGUGUAUCAAUUACGCAACCUGUAGAUUUUGAUCUUUUGAUUUUUUGAUUUUUUGGUUUCAUCUUGCUGGAUGUAAAAGGCGAGUAGAAUGAGUAACCAAAUCACUGUUCACCCCAACUUAGGCUAUGUUUGGUAUAGCUGAUGAGGAAUUCUUUUAGACUUCAAAACUCCAACUGUAACAAACACUAUAAUUUAUA